AUGCCGUCACCUCCUUUUCCAGCUCCAACCGGGGAAUAUUCAGAGCACAAGGCCAAUUGUCACUGCGGUGCAGUCAAGUUCACCUUCUCCAUCUCACCGCCUCUCGAGGAGUAUCCUGUCGUUGUAUGCAACUGCUCUAUCUGCCAGCGCAACGGGUACCUGCUGGUGUACCCGAUCAAGGAGAACCUGAAAUUCGGAGACGGUUCAGAGGAGGCCAUAGGGUCAUAUAGGUUUGGAAACAAAAAUGUCAAGCACGACUUCUGCAAAGAAUGCGGAAGCAGUGUGCUUUUUGAGGUCCUAAGCCCGCCGAAGGGGGCGGAGCUUGAAGCGGAGGCAAAGGGGGAGAAGUUACCCGUCAUCAUGGGAGUCAACCUAAGGAUGGUGACCGGGCUAGAGGUGGACAAAUUGAUCAUCAAGAAAAUCGACGGAGAAGGACGCGAGCCGAAGUACGCAGUGCUCUAG